GGGAAGAUGGCGGCGGCGUCGUCGAACAACCCGCGGAAAUUCAGCGAGAAGAUCGCGCUGCACAACCAGAAGCAGGCCGAGGAGACGGCGGCUUUCGAGGAGGUCAUGAAAGACCUCAGCCUGACGCGCGCCCACCGGUUACAGCUACAGAAAACCCAGUAUUUGCAGUUGGGGCAGAGCCGUGGCCAGUACUAUGGAGGAUCCUUGCCAAACGUCAAUCAGAUUGGCAGCAGUGCGAUGGACAUGCCCUUCCAGACUCCCUUUCAGCCAUCUGGGUUGGACACCAGUAGGACAACUCGACACCAUGGGUUGGUAGACAGGGUAUAUCGUGACAGGAAUCGCCUUGGCUCACCACAUCGGCGCCCUCUCUCUGUGGAUAAGCAUGGCAGACAGGUGGACAGCUGUCCGUAUGGUACUGUCUACCUGUCUCCUCCUUCAGAUACAAGCUGGAGAAGGACCAACUCUGAUUCUGCCCUGCACCAGAGCACAAUGACCCCCACUCAGACAGAGCCUUUCUCAGCUGGGUCACAGGAUAUGCAGCAAAAAAGAGUCUUAUUACUGACGGUUCCGGGCAUGGAGGAAGAUGCAUCAGAGACAGAGAAAAACCUUUCAAAACAAGGAUGGGAUACUAAGAAGACAGGAUCCUCAAGGCCUAAAUCUUGUGAAGUUCCAGGAAUCAACAUAUUUCCAUCAGCUGACCAAGAAAACACUACUGCCCUUAUCCCUGCGGCUCACAACACGGGGGGCUCACUGCCAGACCUGACAAAUAUCCACUUCCCUUCUCCUCUCCCAACGCCGCUUGACCCGGAAGAAUCCACUUUCCCCUCCUUGAGCAGUUCCAACAGCACCGGGAACCUCACUGCCAAUCUGACGCACAUGGGGAUCAGCACAGCCAAUCAGGGAAUGACAACAACGUCAGCUUCUUCCCAGCAACACCGGCAGCCAACCGUCAGUCCCCUCUCACUGAACACAGAUUCAAGGAGAAGCCAAUCCCAGCAAGUGUCUCCUACGCUUUCACCCCUUUCACCGAUUACUCAGGCUGUGGCGUUGGAUGCGCUCUCCAUGGAACAGCAGCUUCCCCCCUACCCGUUCUUCACCCAGACAAGCGCGCAGCAGCAGCAGCCACAGACCCAAGUGGCGAGCGCUUUACCACCCAAUGCUUCUCUGAUGCAGACCUCUGGCUUGCAGCGAGGCGUUCAGCUCCCCCCGCUCUCGGUCUCUAUCCCUUCCACAAUCCCACAGUCUCCUCCGGGCAGCCAAACCCAGACAUCCAUGGGGAUAGACAUCAAUUCGGGCUCACUCCAGCAGUACCGCAGCAAUGCUGGCUCCCCAGCCAACCAGUCUCCCACUUCUCCUGUCUCCAAUCAAGCUUUCUCUCCUGGCAGCUCCCCUCAACAAACGUCUAUCCUAGGGAGCGUCUUUGGUGACUCUUGUUACGAUCAGCAGAUGACUGCCAGGCAAGCAAAUGCUUUAUCCCAUCAGGAUUCCUUCCUUCAGCUCGAGCAGUUCAACAUGAUUGAAAACGCCAUCAGCUCCAAUAGCUUGUACAGCCCCUGCUCUACCCUCAACUACUCCCAGGCAGCCAUGAUGGGGCUGACGGGGAGCCACGGGAGUCUCCAGGACCCACAGCAGCUCAGUUACACCAGCCAUGGGAACAUCCCAAACAUCAUCCUUACAGUGACCGGGGAAUCGCCUCCCAGUCUGUCGAAAGACCUCACCAGCUCUUUGGCCGGGGUGGGGGAUGUCGGGUUUGACUCAGAUUCCCAGUUCCCUCUGGACGAACUAAAAAUCGACCCCUUGACCUUGGAUGGGCUUCACAUGCUCAACGACCCUGACAUGGUCCUUGCGGAUCCCGCCACAGAGGACACUUUUCGGAUGGACCGGCUGUAGUGGGGGGGAGGGGGUUGGAGAACGGGAAGGGGAUGUGCCGCGCAGUCCAAAGGAGCGCAUCCAAAUCACCAAGUCCCGGAAUGUCCAUGCCACUCUGGUGCUCGGAGGGAGAUCGGGCCGAGCCCGUCGCGGAUCUCUUGCAUCCCAUCAGGGUCCCAGGAGAGCCGCUGCUCCACUGUGUAUCCAAUUUAGCAAUCGCUUGUUCUACACUUGCCCGGCGGCUGUCCUGCUCGCCUCUCCUCCCCCAACACCAACUUCAAACCUUGGUUCAUGCCUUGCUGUUGGGAGAACGUUCCUCAAAGAGCCGUUUCUUCUACCCCAGCCCCCUCCCCCUCCGCUCCUUAUCUCCCCUCCCUCUGUCACCAAAGUUCCAGCAUUUUUGGUCCUUUUUCGUCCUUCGCCCUAAAAGCUUUGGGCUUUGUGUUCGGGGGAAGUGGAGUGGCAGCGAAAGUUAUAUUUCCCCCACCCUUCCCCCUCCUCUUUCCAAGGCAGAGGAGCUAUUCAGAAGAUAAAAUAGGUGUAUUGUUUUGUUUUCCUUGUGUACGUAAACUAUCCGACCUUUUGGCUUCUGUUACAAAAAAAACAGACAUCCCGCAUGGAACUGAGGGCUUCCCCCCCAACCCCACCUCGGGGGAGUUAGGGGACCGCUUAAUGAAAAUUGGGGGUCGGGCGGGGGAGGGGGAGAGAAAGAGAAGGACAUGCUUUCUAAAUCUACUUUGUGAAUACCACUUCCUUUCCGUGGAGAAGGACUGGACUUGGAGAGGUGGAGAGAAAGCCAGCUGUGGCUCUCCUAAUAAACUCCGUAAAGCAGCCGCUUGCAUUGGAAAGUGGGGUGGGGGGGGCGCGCAGGGGUGGGAUGGGAGAGAGUGGCUUGCAUUUCUCUGCUUGAUUCUCCAAUCCUUGACUGUUUUCUGGAGUCCCAUCAUGGCCUGUUAGCUCAUUUGCCUGUGUGCAUGCAGCAGCUUCCAGAAACAGCUGUCUGACCGCCGCCACCCCCCCCCCUCUGGUUGGGAGAUUUAGUUGCAUGAGCCACAUAAUUCCUCUCGGCAAACUGACCGUGUAAAACUGUUUUGUUUUGGUUUGGUUUUUUCCCUUAUUUUUAUUUUUUUGUCGUCUUCGUUGUUCCUUCAAAGAAUUUUCAGGGAGAGGCAAAGGCAAGCCGAGGGAGGAAAAGAAGGCACCAACGUUUUUCUAAUUAUACAUGGAAAUUCUGCAAUUUGUCUGAAGGAAUGAGAUCUGGGUCGUCUCCUGCAGGUUGCUUUUGGGGUGUUUUUUUUAAUAACUUUUUUUUAAAGGCAGCCAUCUCUCCCCCCUCCUUCUCCCCCCCCUUUUUUUUUUGCUUGGGAAGAAGUAGUUCUUGUUCUGCAUAUAUUAAAACAAAAACAAUCACCCCAGCUUUCUCUCGGGCAUGAAAUAAAUCUGCCUCUGACCAGAUCAGGGUCUGGUUAUUAUCUUGGUGCUCCAUAUUGAUUAGAUGUAAAUCCUUUCAAGUGGCUUCACCCGUACAAGGAGGCCAUGACAUGUUCAGGUUAGGGCAGGGGUUGCAAACUUGGCUCUUUUAAGACUUGUGGACUUCAACUCCCAGAGUUCCUCAGCCAGCUUUGCAGACCCCUGGGUUACGGCAUCCAUUAAGCUAACCUUUUUUGCCAUCGUGUGCCAAUAGCAGGGGGAAUGUGGGGAGGUCUCACACAUGCGUGACCACACCCAUAAUUCUAUAUGCCCUGCCCCCCCGCACAUGCGUGCAUGAUCCCGCCCCCUGCUCCCCCCGCUUUUGGCAUGUGAUGGCAUGGUGGGCACGGUAGGCCUCUUUUUUACUCUUCCCCAGGCUCCAGAGCCUUUCUAGGAGCCUGGGGAGGGUGAAAACCAGCUUACCCACCCCCGGAGGCCCUCCGGAGGCCAGAAAUGGCCCGUUUGCUAACUUCCAGUGGGCCCAGAAAGCCCAAAAAUCAGCUGGCAGAGCUGAGCUCGUGUGUCCACCGAUACGGCUCCGCUUGCCACCUGUGGCACGCGUGCCAUAGGUUCGCCAUGACGGCAUUAAACUAACCAACCUGAGGUUUGUGUGGCUAGUGGGUGGAUUCAGUGGCCCAUAAACCUAGGGGUCUCCAACCUUGGCAACUUUUAGGACUUGUGGACUUCAACUCCCAAAAUUUCUCAGCCACCAUAGGGUCUCCUGCUUGGGCAGGGGGUUGGAUUAGAAGACCUCCAAUGUUCCUUCCAGCUCUGUUAUUCUGUAUUCUGUAGCUUUGCAGUACCUUCUCUCUGGUCAAAGCUGGAGGGUCGGUCGCUAGACUGAACACCCCCCCCCACGCACACACACACAAUAUGUCCUGAAUCUAAGAUUUGAGGCCCCUGGUUCCUCUCUCACCCACCCACCCCCAAAUGCCUCUUACUAUUCUUUGCUCCCCCUAUUUUCAGACUUACCCCUCUCCUCCCCCAAUGAAUUAUAGCUGGAUCUUUGUGUGUAUACACACACACGUGCAGGUAGCAAGGAUAUCCAUUCUGCGUACGUGUUCAGUUAUGUUUUGUUUGUGCCAUGGUCAGUUUAUAAUUUUUGCACUAAAAAAAGAUGGUUUUUUUUUUUUUAAAGUGUUGUAGGUUCUUUGUGUAAUGUUUUUGCUGUGAUGUGUUCCUCUCCCCCUCCCUCCAUCCCAUCUUCUAAAUUCUGAAAAACGCUCUCUCCAUUUCAUAACCCUUGUCAGUAUUUUAGUUUGAAUGCCUCUUAAUACUCUUAGUGGUCUAUUUAUUUCAAAUUUUCUAGGGCUGUUUCUCAGAGGAAAUCCACCGGAAAAAUCAAAAAGCUGCUUUAUCCUGCUUUAAACACGGGGCCUAGGUACUAAGCAGGCUGUUUGCAACUCUCUCUCUCUCUCUCUCUCUCUCUCUCUCUCUCUCUCUCUCUCUCUCUCUCUCUCUCGUUUCCGACAACACAGUUAGUUUGUUUUCAGUCAGAUCUCUCAUCUUACUUCAUCAGCAUGCCAAAAUUUCCUUUGAACCUUGGCCUGCAAUUUUGGGGCAAUUAGAAAGCAAAAUGCAGAAUCCUCUCAGUUUGACUCAAUCCUUUCCAGUUUAGGAAAGAUUCAUUGAUUCUUGAGCUGGAUUUUUUUACAUGGAGAUAUAAAUGGCUAUUUUCUUUCGCUCAUUUUUUUAGAUUUACACAUGUACAUAGAAAAACUUGUGUAUUGAAAAAUUGUAAGUAGUUUUACAAAAUGGCCUUAAUUUACUAUUUAUGUAUAUACAUAACGGUGUGUGAUUGUGCAUGUAUAUGUGUGUACAUAGUCACACACAUAGACAUCCACGCCAACAGACAAAAUCUGAUCUGAAUGCAAUUUAAUUUGAAAUAGCUGAGCAUCAGGGACCAUUUGCUUUCAACAAAUAUUAUUUCAGUUUUCCCUUGUUAGGCUGGGGGAAGCUGGAAGUACAUGUUAAAAAUAAUUUUUUUAAAAAAGUCGUAAAACAAGGAAGAAAUUGAAGACUUAAACAGAAACCUAAGCUGUGUUGUGGAUCUGAUUUUGCUGGUUGAGGUAGUAAUUAUGGGCCCGAUGGUUAUCUCUUUUUACGCACCUUACUUUCUGUUGCUUUAUAAAAUGGAAAACUUCCCUCUCUUCCUCCCUUCAAUUCUUGAGUAAAAUCUGCAUUAAAGAUUAAGGAGGUGGGGGAGGAGAAAAAUAAUAAAUAAAUGCACUAGAGCUCCAAGUUACGGGAUCUGCAAUUUGCCAAAACUGAUGCAGGGUGGGAGGAAGGCAAAAGAAUCUUGUUACGUGUAGGGCUUAGAAACCCCAAAGUUGCAUUCUAUAUUUUCGGGUUCCACUUUGUGUUUUUGUUCUGUGGGGGAAAAAAGGGGCGAUUGUCUGGGGAAAUAAGCCUUUUUAUGAUUGUUGAUGUCUGCAUGAAUGGUGAAGAAUCUGUCAAAGAGUGGUGCCUGUUGUUUAGGUAGAGAAUUAAGACUUUAAUUUAAAAAAAAAAACAGAUAUGUCUUAACUGCGAGCUUACUUUGGAGCUGGAUUUGACCCCACAUAGUUAUGAAGCAGUCCUUUUUUAUUUUCAUUCCUUAAAAUCUGACUUCAUUACCCCUCUUUCCCCUCCCCCCCCCAAGGUUAGGGGCAGUAUUGACAAUUCUCUGCCCCGUUCCUUCAUUUUAGCCUCAUGAUCAGCACAAGAGAGAAUCUCAGCCAAGAGAAAAUUACUGGCCCUAAGAUCACUAAGUAAGUUUUGGGGCGAAAAGGAGCUCCUGUAUUUCCAGUUUGAGCCUGAUACUAAAAUCCAGAGGGAGGAAGCCUGAAGCUCUCCGGAUGUAUUUCCUCUCCAUUUCCAAUAUCCUGCCAACAUGGUCAGGUGGCAAGGGAUUGCGGCUUCUGCUACCCGUAACAUCUGAAAACCAGCAGUUUGUGAGGCCCUCUGAGCUUCGUUGUUUUCUCGCAGACAUUUUGUUACCCAACUACGUAACAACAGUUGCUUGCUCUCUAUUUAUAUGCGAGUGGCUUGCUCUGUCGGUGUUGGUGGGAGUGUUCUUUGUGAUUCCUUGAUUAGGCUGUUAGGCCACUAGUAUAUAAACCAGGGGUCUCCAACUUUGUCAACUUUAAGCCUGGUGGAUUUCAACUCCCAGAAUUCUGGGAGUUGAAGUCCUCCAAGCUUAAAGUUGCCAAGGUUGGAGACCCCUGAUAUAAACAGAGAGCAAAACCUACUCCUUUCUAGCCCCGAUGAUGUUGCCCAGUUGGUUAAUUAAAUGUCUGAAAGACCUAAGCACUAAGCUCAGAGAGCACUGAGGACCCCAAGUUCAGUUUUGCAGUUCAUCAUUUGAGCCACUCUUCAUUCUCUUCUAUUGGAACCGCCCGGUGGCCUCUUAGUCAGAACUUUUGCCGUGUCUAUCAGCUUCUUCAUUAGGUAGACAUCAAUUCCUAUGGACUGGGGUGGCCUGCAUUAAUUUGCCCUGCCAGAUGGCCUUAAUUCCCCCUCCUUGUCCUUAAAGCCAAGCCCAGAGUGCCACUGAUCAGACUGAAGGAAUAUGAUGACAAAAUGAAGGAUAUUUUAUGAAUAAAGAACACCCCUUCUAGGAAGUUUUUGGAGACUUUAUUUUCUUCAUGCUGGAAAAUUAACCUGUCCCCACCCCCCCUUGAGGUUUUGUUUCUUUUUGAUUUCCAUAUCAUUUCAAAGGAACCCUUCGUUUCUCUCUUCAGAAGCUGGUUCGUGAAGGGCUGGGUAGUAUAAGUAGGACGUUGCCUGUCUCCGCUAACUACCCCUGGCCAAACUUUUCUUCCCUUCUCCACUUCCACUCGGGGCCUCUGAAGAAACAAGAAGGCCGAACACCUUCACAUUCGAGGUCUCUUGAUGCUCCGGGGGUGGGGGCAUCAAAACGUUCACCAGCGGGGUUUGCUUUAAUUUGACAUAUCUUGAUUUUUUUUUUCCUACUUGCUGUUGGUUCCGGGCGAUCCUACGAUUGAGAGGAAGGGGGAGUUCAAUGUAAAUAAUCCUUUCUCUCAGGGGGAAACGGAGAUAUGGUCCAAGUUGAGUUUGACGGUGCAGAGGAGGGAGGUAAAAUUAUUUCUCUUGUUUAAAUAGCGUCUAGUCUUGUGUUUGAAAAAAAAAACGAACGAGAGCCAGAGGGUGGGAUAUCCCCACACGGUGGUCUUUCUCAGCUUGGGCAGCUUGAAGAUGUGUGGACUUCAACUCCCAGAAUUCCCCAGCCAGUGGUGCUGGCUGGGGAAUUCUGGGAGUUGAAGUCUGCACAUUUUCAGGCUACCCAAGCUGAGAAAGACCGCUUUAUUAGAGGCACUUUAUCCUCUGAAUUCCAGGUCAAGGGUAAAUCCCACUUGCAAGUUGGCUUUCAGAAGACCCCUUUGACCCUGGGGCUGUCUUAGAGGGGGAAAAAGACCCCUUGUCUGUUUCAGCAGCACGUUUUGGAUGAAGGUGGGCAAAGCUCGCCUUUUGCUCAAGGCCAAGCUAUUGCAUGUUCAAAGAAACUGCAUCUUGUUAUUGUUACUGCUGCAUGUUAACAAAACUCUGGGCUUAGUCUCCUUGGAAACAUAGUUCUCCGCGAGCGUAGUGUCUCCAGGUAUUCCUGUUUUGUUUCUGUUUUUUAAGUAGCCACCCAAGAGAUUUAUAUAUAAAUAUAUAUCUAUAUAUAUAUCUAUGAAGAUAAGUAUUUCUGUUUCUUUCCUUUCAUGGAUGGAUGCUUUGCGACCUGCCGAUUUCAUUUCCCUUCUCCAUUGGCUGAACCGUUCCAAAAUAUUCAAAAUGAGGCUGCAUCUCCCUGACUUUAUAAAAGCGCUGUGCUUUUAAACAGUGAAGGCUCUUUAAUUUUAGAAGGGAAGAGAAAAAAAAACCUCACACCUCCCUUGUCACUGUGAUGACAUUGUGAAAGAGCAAAAUAUUUACAUAUGCACACCUUUUUUUUUAAUAAAAAAAAAAGGAAAAAUAUUUUUUUUUAAAAAACCCCAAUUCUGUGUUUUAUAGGAGUAGCAACGGUGGGUGUGACGCUUACAGCUCCCACCCACGCAAGGGUGUCAUGAUGACAUUUAAUAACAUGAAUCAUUUUUAUCUUUUUAAAAGCAGAACUUUUAUCAUUUUUGUGGUUCUUUGUGGCAAGAUGUGAAAAUGCAGGAAGGAUGAUAAACACUACAUCAAGGCACUUAUUAAACUGUUCGUGCUUUCAUUGUUUUCUUUUAUCCCCCUUUCUUUUUUUCUUUCUUUUGUUGUGAUAUGUCUGUAUAUAAAAAUAAAUGUGAGAUUGGCCAGUUUUCACUGUCGGGGGUGGGGGAAUAGGGAUGGUUAUGUAUUACUUCUUUGGAGAUGCAAGCACACUCCUGACACAGUCACUGUUUGACUGAGCAUUAUUCUUUUUUUAUUUAAAAGCAAAAUUUGUUAAGAGUCAAUAUCCACAAGGCAUAUUUGGCAGAGGGUCUGUAAAUACUCAAAAACAUCUGUGUCCUAUGAACACAGAACAGUCUAUAACUGUUUUUCAGACUUGGCAACUGUAAGAUGUAUGGACACUAUUCCAAUAUCUAAAGGGCUGCCACAAAGAAGAGGAAGUCAAGCUAUUCUCCAAAGCAGGGGUCUCCAACCUUGGCAACUUUAAGCCUGGCGGACUUCAAAUCCCAGAAUUCUGGGAGUUGAAGUCCGCCAGGUUUAAAGUUGCUAAGGUUGGAGAGCCCUGCUCCAAAGCACCUGAGGACAGGACAAGAAACAAUGGGUGGAAACUAACCAAGGAGAGAAGCAACUGAGAACUAAGGAGAAAUUUCCUGCCAGAACAAUUAGUCAGUGGAAACUCUUGUCUCCAGAAAUUCUGGGUGCUCCAACGCUGGAGUUUUUAAAGGAGAGGUUGGACAGGCAUUUGUCAGAAACGGUAUAGGGUCUCUUGCUUGACCAGGGGGUUGGACUAGAAGACCUCUAAGAUCCCUUCCAGCUCUGUUACUCUGUUAGCACUACACUCCAUUUAAGUUAUAUGUUGCAAAGAAAGAAUUUUGCUGCAAUUACUAGGAUUGUCCUAUUUUGCCUGGGGAAAAAAAAUGGAAAUCAGCAACAUAAUAAUUUACUGACUUCUUUUUAAAAAAAAGGAUAUAAUAAUCAGAAUGACAAUAACCAGCUAAGUAGUAGAUGUCAACUCCCAGGAUUCCUCACAACUUAAAUUUGCCAAGUUUUGAAAAACGCCGGCCUAUAAAUACGCUGGGGGAAGAGAACAUUUUGGUCCAGUUCAACUCUUCAUUUUCUUAGGGAGAGCUUUUGCAAGUCAUUAAGGGCUGAAAAUACUCCUUGGUCUGCCUUCAUCCUUAUUCCCUUUGAAGUUCCCCCUUCCUGGUAUGAGACCCUGUCUUGGUAUCUUCUUUUGAGAAGCUUUUCCAGGAGCCAAGCACAUCACAAUGCAUGAAAAUGACGUAUAUCUAUAAAUCAUAGUCCCUACCCCCUGCUUGUCCAUAGAAAUUUGACGGCAAAUUGCUGAAUUCAUGUGGCAUGAUUUUUUUUUCAUAUUUAAAAAAGUAAAAUGGCAAAAUGGGUGCAUUAAAAUCUCUGUAAGUUUAGUACACUAUCACUGUGUUUAUACUAGAUGCUUAACCUGGUUGCUAUAUGAAUGUGUUUUCUGGGUCGGCUCAAUAUUAUUGAACCAUAAACUAGCCAAGUGGCUCUGAAGAGAGCUAACCAAGUGCAGUGUGUUGUGUGAAUGCAUCUGCUAGGCUUGUUAACAUGCGUUAAGCAGGUUAAGAAACAAAACCUGUUUUGUUGAGAAACAAAGCGCAGAACAGUGUCAAGAUAAGGCUCCAAAAAUACUGCUUCUGCUCGCUGUAACAUUCAGAGCAAACAAAAUCCAAACUGCCUCCCCUCCAAACUUUUUUUUAAAAAACUUUUUCUCCCUUUCCCCCCUGGCCCAGAAACACAAGUGUGGCUGCUGGAAAUGUGUUAGCGUCCACAUUGCCACUCUUCCCUUCUGUGCUGGAAGGCCCAUCUGGAGGAACACUUUUGACUCCAGAUUUCUAAGAGGUCAUUGGCAAAGUGCCUAGGCCAGGGGUCUCCAACCUUGGUCCCUUUAAGACUUGUGGACUUCAACUCCCAGAGUCCCUCAGUCAGCAAAGCGAUUUCAUUGAAGGCCGCAUCAGGGUUGUGUUUGGCCUUGGGGUGUGUGUGUGUGUGUGUGUGUGUGUGUGCGACCAGGGGGGGCAUAGCCAGCUCGACGUCACUCUUGUCGGGGGUGCCUGUGGUGGUCCAAACUCUGCCAGCAAAAACGGAGCUUGUGAGGGCCGCCUGUGGCCUUCCCGAGCUCCAUUUUCAUUGGCAGAGGCACCACUGGCUGGUCCUUCGCUGUUUCCAGGGCAACCCCACGGGCCAGAUCUAAGUGCCCCACGGGCCAGAUCUGGGCCCCGGGCCUUGAAUUCGACACUCCUGGCCUAGAGCCUUCCCAAACAGUGAGAUGGGCAGUAUAUAAAUUUAAUAAAUAAUAAAAUAAACCGAAGCCUGUCCUGAGGGAAGGAGGCUCUAAGAAUCUGGGCAGCCAGACCAACGAAUUAUAGCAUUUAGACUGGGAAAAGAUCAAGAAGGACCCAAGAAUAUGGAAUCCCUUGGACUUCAAGGAGAUGAAAUCAGUCGAUCCUAAAGGAAACCAACCCUGAUCGUCCUUUGGAAGGGCAAAUACUGAAGCUGAAGCUCAGAUACUUUGGCCACCAGAAGAGAAGUGAGGGCCCAUUGGAAUGAUGUUGGGAAAGUUUGAAGCAAAGGAAGAAGGGGACAAUUGGGCAAACUCCAGGAGAUGGGAAGCCAUGUGGGGUCUGGCGUACUUUGGCCCAUGAGGUCACGAAGGGUCCCAAGCGACUUAGCAUCUAAACAACAGCAACAACAACAAAGGAAUUUUAUAAGACUUUACCCAGGAUGGACAGGCUUGUUUUCUGUUAUUCCAGAAGAUGCUAGAAUAAGCAGGCUGGGACCAGAAGGGAACUGACUGGUGCUAAAAACAAGGAGACAAUUUCCACCCACCAAGGGCUGUGUGGCAGUGAAUCUAGCUAUUUCAGGAAAAGAUGGGCUCUCUCUUUCAAUGUAUUUAAGCAGCUCCUGGACUCUUGGGAAAGCUGUACUCAAGUCUUGCCUAAAUAUGAAUAUUCUGAAUAACAACAUAUUGGCUGUUGGAGUAGAUGAUUUUCAGCAUCACCUCCAGUUCUAGGCUGGCAUUUCUGCCGUGCAUCUAAACCCUCUGAAGUUUGGCACACUUUAGACCAGCUUCCUAUAAAUGCAAGACGACUGGAUCCCAUCUGUGGGUUACCGGGGUUAAAUGAUAUGAUAAGAGCAGUUCAGCUGCUGUGUUUGUGCAGGCUCCAGUAGUGCUUCACUGUAUUGUUCGAAACCCAACCACUGUCUUAGCAGGUCAUUGUGUUAGAAGGAUUUAAUUUAGCAUGAAAAGGUAAAGGUAUAGAUUCCCCUCGCACAUAUGUGCUAGUCAUUCCCGACUCUAGAGAUAAUUUAGCAUAGCAUGUUACAAAACACAAUUCUUGUGUUUUGUUCACCUGGGAUUAGUAGAUUGUAUGAACCUAGCCUUAAGGGAGCGGGGGGAGAAUGACACCCCACAUGUAUUGUGAAGUUGACCACUUUCUGGUUUAUCAAAUAGAAAGGGAGGCUGGCAUAAUGACUGCCACAAAAAUGCCAUAACAUCAGGUGGUUAUGUGGGAGCCUCAACUUGGAACCAUCACGACUUAUGAUGGAAAUUCCAGGUUCCAUUACGGUCAUAAAUCAAGGAUUGUAAUUCAUGCUGUGGGCUAGUCAUAAACAAAGAAAAAUUGGCCAAGGGGAUAUAUUUUUUUAAAAAACCAUUUAUAAAAUUUCCACUCAAGCAAUAGAAAUAUAGAUCAUAUUUUUAUAACCCCUGCCUGCACAAACUGCCAGCCACAAGGAAUGAACCAGAAGAGAAGCAACAAAGUCUCCACAAUCCCACCGAUGCCCAUGAACAACACAACAGGAGCAAGCUAUUUCUGGCUAUUGGCUUGAGAAUUGCUAACCACAUGUCCAUUGUGUAGCUGGUUUGGCUAGCUACUUGGAAAAGAAAGCCCAAGAGAUGUAGGACUUAGGGUGACAAUAUUUCACUUGCUGUUUUCCUCUCCUUUGAACUUCAGUAACUUGAAAGAAUUACUUAAGUAAAAAGCCAACCAAUUAUGUGGCCUCCAAACAGUGUGGAAUAAAAUUUCCUGUUUUGUGGAGCUCUCAACAUUUGGCCGCUAGACUCGCUUUGAAGUCAAGACAUUUUAAUCAUCUUUUCUUUCGCCGUUGUGCAGGCACGGACUCUUAAGUAGCCUCUAAACGUUGUGUGCAUACACAAAGCUUCCAUUAACUUGAGGGAAGCUUGUCCACAGAGGUGCUUUUUCAAAAGGCAACCAGACUCAUUUUCUUUUUCCUUGAAGACGUUCCACUUCUCAUCCAAGAAGCUUCUUCUGUUCAGAACUGAAGAAGCUUCUUGGAUGAGAAGAGAAACGUCUUCAAGGAAAAAGUCCAGUUGACUUUUGAAAAAGCACCUUUGGAACAACGGUGGCCUGGAUGACUAAGAAGCUCCAUAGACUGAGGGAAACUUGGUUUUUUGGAAAGGGGAAGGCAAAUCUAAUUUAAAGGGUUGGAGCUCAAAGGUGAGAACUGUGAAAGGCCAGGGGGCUGCUUUUCCAAGCCAUGGCUCUUUCCAGUGGGGAAAAAACUUCAUUUAAAAAAACUGAUCUUGUUUUAGUGGAUUGUUGAAAAGCAUGAGGACUAGUUGCACCACUAGUUGUGUGUGUCUUCUUAUUUGUUCCGAUAUAGCUGCAUAUCACAGUGUCCAUAUACUGUAGUUAUGAGUUUAUUUCGCGUUCGGUUUCUGAAAGGUGAUGACUAAAUUUCUUCAGCUGCUAAUAAUUGUAGGCAAAAGAACUCUUUGCAAUUUUGCGUGUGUCAUUCCUUUUCUUUUUUGGGGGGGAAGGUUUUUUGUUUUGUUUUUUUGCUGUGAAAGGAAGGUUAUUUAUUAUUCUGUAGGAAGCUUGCGGUGAGAGACUACCCAAAACAAGGGACUUGACUAUAAGGUGUGUGUCUUUCAGAUAUUGUCUCUUGGUUGUGGUGGAUCAAAGGCAGUGAAAAGAAGGAGAUGCAGAGAGGACUGGGCUACUGCAGACUUUCCCAGUGCCUCCAGCACAACAAUUUUAAGAUGUGAAAUCAGUCCUUGACGUGGCCACCCGAUUCCGCAGAAUUUGUUUUGAAUUGGGGAUGAACUGAGAAGCCAGUGCAGUUCAGAACAACAGUAUUUACUUUGUAGGCUUUGCAUUCCUUUCUUGGGGAAUGCAAUAUUUUCCACCAUUAAGUACCGGUAGUUUCUAACUGUGGGCAUAAGCAGUUGCACAUUUAACAUUUAUCUGUGUUUGUAGUACAACUUUGAACUGUAUUAUUGGAAGCAUCCAGAACAUUAGACUAAAGUUAAUAAGUUAAAAUCUAAAUAAUUCUAGCUAGUAGCAUGGUAGCUAUUAAGACAUGGCUUUCUUUGGGGGAGAAAAUUCAUGUCUCCCCUCCCCCCCCAAAAAAAAUUAUUACGGGGUAUCUGAAAGCACGAAAAAAGAAGUUUUAUUUGAAUAAUGUAAAUUCAGCUCCCAGAGCAGCUUCUCCUAUUGACAGGCAGCUAAAAUAACGUACACACUUCAUAUUUGGGAGUGAACUGAAGGGGGAAGGGAAGAGUCUAAUUUUUUUUAAUUUUUUUUUUUGUAUUUGAACUGUGUAACAUCCUGUUUACAGGGGUUUUGUUUUUUUAUCCAUGAGGACUAGCAGAAUGACUUUACCUAUAUAUGCAAAUCCUACCAUUGAGCUACAGGUUUUUCUGGGGGAGGGGGGAGGACUUGGGCAGGAGGAGUAAAAAGUUCCGAAAUCUGGAGCAUCGAGGCUUAAUUUAUUGUGGCUUUUUUCUCUCUUGGCAAAAAAAAAAAAAAAAAAGCCCUGAAGAUGGCUUUGUAAGCGUGUGCGUGUGUGUAUGUAUGUGUGUAUGUGUGUGUGUGUGUGUUCUUCCUUUUGCAAACUUAAGAACAUGACGAUGUGAAAAAAAAAAAAAAGCAAAAUUCUGUGCACAUUCUUUUCAACCUCUCUUUUUUUUUGUUUGUUUGUUUCCCUUUUUUUCUGUGAGGCUUUUUUCUUUUCUUUUUUUUUGUCUUUGUAACUUUGCAUUAUUUGUAAAUGAAAUGUAAUAAAAGUUAAGCUGUUUUUCUCUCCGGCUGUUCAGCUCUGUUUUUCUGAAGAAGGUGUUUUAUAUCAAAAAUCGAAGUGGUUUUAUAUCAAAAAUGGAGAAGUUUUUGUCGUUUUGAAGUGCAUCUCCUGUGCUGAAUGCCUGGCUAGCCUUUUUUUUUUUUUCUUCCCCUUUUCCAAACCUCUUCCGAAAGGAGUGGCAGAUAAUAAAUACAACUUAACCUUUGGUAGACAAAUGUUAUUUUAUUAACCAAACAGUUUGUAUUUUGUACAAACGUCUCUCCGAAUUUCUCCUAAACAAUGAAGAGCUGCAUUUUUUUAAUGCAGUUUCCCACCCACCCCUCAAUUUUGGCCAUUUGAAGAUGUGUGGACUUCAACUCCCAGAAUUCCCCAGCCAACAUAGCUGGGUUGAAUAGAAUUCUGGGAGUUGAAGUCCACACAUCUUCAAGUGACCGUGGUUGAGAAAUAUUGCUCUAGUACAGGAGUCUCCAACCUUGGCAACUUUAAAGCUUGUGGACUUCAACUCUCAGAAUUCCUCAGCCAGCUUUGCUUUGCUUUGCUGGCUGAGGAACUCUGGGAGUUGAAGUCCACAAGCCUUAAAGUUGCCAAGGUUGGAGACCCUUGCUCUAGUGGAAUGAGCCAAGCAUCUUGGAUUAUUGGGUUAAGUAUAUUACUUUAGGAAACUGCCUUAUCCGAGAUCAGCUGUAGCCCAGGAAGCACUUACUCUCCAGGAUGUAAGCCAAGAGAGACUUGCUCAUCACUUGCUCCCUGGUCCUCUUAA